CGUACUCAUCAAAACAAAACCUGAGACCGACCCCCAAAAAACAAGAAAAAAAUUUCAUUUCUUCCUCGAAUUUUUCGUCUCUCAAAAUGUCCAAUAUUCCCGGAGCUGCGCAAUUAUUCGACGAAUUAGACAAAAAACUGAUGGUCUACCUCCGCGACGGCCGCACCCUCAUAGGAUACCUGCGCUCAGUCGACCAGUUCGCCAACCUCGUUCUCCACCGGACCAUCGAGAGGAUUCACGUCGGGGAUCGUUUCGGCGACAUCGAGCGCGGGGUCUUCGUUAUCCGGGGCGAGAACGUGGUUCUGCUCGGGGAGAUCGACGAAGCCCGCGAGCAGGCCUCGUCGCUCACGACCCUGACCAAAGUGAGCAUUGAGGAGAUCCUGGAGGCCCAGCGGGUGGAGCAGGAGCGCAAGCAAGAGCAGGAGAUGCUGCGGGCGCGGUUCAUGAAAGAGAGGGGACUGCAGUACAUGGCGGAGAUCGGGCCGGAUGAUAUGUAUUGAGGGGAAGGGGAGAGGGAGAGGGAGAGGGAUGGGGAGAGGGAGGUUUUUUUGACGUGACGUUUUUGAUUUUUUGAUUUUCGUUCUUGUUCUU